GCCCAGCCAAGGCCCUGGGGCAUGCCCAGGCAGAGUGACAGAAGGGGAGGGAAAGAGGCCAGCGGGAGGAAAGGGAGGUCAUGUGAGGUUGUGGAGGAGGAGGAGGAGGCUACUCAUAAUCUCUGUGAACACCUGUUACUCCCAGAGCCAGGAUAGGCUCUGAGAAGUGAAAGAACACCAUGAACAAAGUCUUCAGAUGGGGCCUUUAAGAAGCUCAGCCAGUGUGAGGUCACCCUCACCGAGACACUCAGUGGCAGCUCCAGCCACUGCACAGCCCUCUGCAGUGAUGGGGACAGGGCGAGGGCAGCCAGAGCCUUCCCACCCAACAGCCCCCCAGGAGCCUGUGCUUCCCACACCAACUACACCCCCGUUCUGCCACCUCUGCGGCCGGUGCCAGGGACCGAGUGGACCUGCAGAGCCACGUCUGUUCCUCUGUCUGUCGACCACAGCCAGUGCCAGCAAUUCAGGAGGCCUAGUGGGCGAGGGAGGCUGGGGAAAGGACUGGAGGGUGGGAGGAGGACCUUGGCCACAGGAAAUAAGGGGCCUGCAAGCGGCUGGGGCGCCCCAAAGCAAAGGCAUUUGCCUCAGGCCUUUGCUGCAGUAUUCAUUAAGAGAAGAACUGACACCAGGCCUGGAGUCCUCCUAGCUGCCCUCACCCAACCCGACCACAUGUGA